CAGGAUGCCUUGCGGCUAUUCCUUUCACCCUCUUCAUCCCCUCUCGCGACCGUCCCCUUCGGCCCCUUCUCUAUGUCGUACAGCCUGUUUAGAAAGGCUGGUCCGGUGGCUGAGCCUGGCGCUGUCCUGAGAGGGAGGGCUCGGUGUGGAAGAGAUGAACCGGACAAAGGGUGAUGAGGAGGAGUAUUGGAACAGCUCCAAGUUCAAGGCUUUCACGUUUGAUGAUGAAGAUGAUGAGCUCUCACAGUUAAAGGAAUCCAAACGGGCAGUGAAUAGCCUUCGAGACUUCGUGGAUGACGAUGAUGACGAUGACCUGGAGCGAGUCAGCUGGACCGGAGAACCUGUGGGAAGUAUCUCAUGGUCCAUCAAAGAGACUGCUGGGACUAGCGGGUCAGCCCCUGAAGGGCGUGAACAGCUAAAGGGCCGAAACAGUUUCUACACACAGCUACCCAAACCUACUUCUACCUAUUCCCUGAGCAGCUUCUUUAAAGGCAGAACUAGACCUGGGAGUUUCCAGUCCCUUUCUGAUGCUCUGUCAGACACACCUCCCAAAAGUUAUGCUCCAGAGCUGGGGAGGCCUAAAGGGGAGUACAGGGAUUAUAGUAAUGACUGGAGCCCCAGUGAUACAGUGCGACGCCUCCGCCGGGGCAAGGUCUGCUCCCUGGAACGAUUCCGCUCCUUACAGGACAAGCUGCAGCUCCUGGAGGAGGCAGUAAGCAUGCAUGAUGGAAACGUCAUCACUGCAGUUCUGAUCUUCCUGAAGAGAACCCUGAGCAAAGAGAUCCUUUUCCGAGAGUUGGAAGUACGCCAGGUCGCCCUGAGACAUUUCAUUCAUUUCCUUAAAGAAACAGGGGACCAGAAGCUGCUUUUAGACCUCUUCAGGUUCCUAGAUAGAACAGAAGAGCUGGCGCUAACCCAUUAUCGAGAACAUUUAAACAUUCAGGACCCUGAAAAGCGAAAAGAAUUUCUUAAGACUUGCAUUGGUUUGCCAUUUUCAGCAGAAGAUUCUGCACACGUACAAGACCAUUACACGCUCCUGGAACGCCAGAUCAUUAUUGAGGCAAACGAUCGACAUCUAGAGUCUGCAGGACAGACUGAGAUCUUCCGAAAGCACCCCCGUAAAGCUUCCAUUCUCAACAUGCCACUGGUGACAACGCUCUUCUACGCCUGCUUCUAUCACUACACCGAGUCCGAGGGGACCUUCAGCAGUCCCAUCAACCUGAAGAAGACUUUCAAGAUCCCAGAUAAGCAGUAUGUGCUGACAGCCUUGGCUGCUCGUGCCAAGCUUCGAGCCUGGAAUGACGUCGAUGCCCUCUUCACCACAAAGAACUGGCUGGGUUACACCAAGAAGAGAGCACCCAUUGGCUUCCAUCGAGUUGUGGAAAUUUUGCACAAAAACAGCGCCCCUGUCCAGAUAUUGCAGGACUAUGUCAAUCUGGUGGAAGAUGUGGACACAAAGCUGAACUUAGCCACUAAGCUCAAGUGCCAUGAUGUUGUCAUUGAUACCUGCCGAGACCUGAAGGACCGUCAGCAGUUGCUUGCAUACAGGAGCAAAGUUGAUAAAGGAUCUGUGGAGGAAGAGAAGAUCGAUGCCAUUCUCAACAGCUCGCAAAUUCGAUGGAAGAACUAAGUAUCAUUUGCUGCCCUGAAACCUGCCUCACUUCUUCCUUUCUGCCUAUGAAAAUAGAGAGCUCUCUUCUUGGAAGAGUCACAGCAUUCAACCACUCAAGCCUGUCAUUCACAGGCAGUGCCUGCUGCUUUGGGGACAGAAACCUGCAUCUGAGCAUGUGAUCUUCAGGCUGAUUUGUCCCAGGGACAUUAUCCGAAGGCCAGUAUCUAAGGUUUUGCCUCACAGGAAAGAUGCUCUGCACCAGAGGCUGUGGAAAGGUGGGAGCCCAUCCAGGGUAAGACGUCUUAGUCAGAGAAGUGACUGCCCCAGAAGGACAUCUGGACUAAGAGCAGCAGGUUUCACAGGGUUAUCGUGAUAUUCCUCUCAGUCAUUAUGACCUGGUGGUGGACAUUGGCAUUUCUGCUCUAAAGGAAAUCAGAACAGAAUUAAAUUGACUCUUCAAGGGCCGCAGGAAGGAAUACCAGGAUUGCCCAGGACCUGCUGGGAACCAGACUCAAAUUCUCAAGCACAGGGCCACGCAUCUUAUGACAGAUGCUUCCUAGACAUUAUGUGUCUUCAGCCAGUAUCCAUCUGCUGUCCCUGUGGACUUUUUGUUCAUAAUGUAGGGUCCUGCUGUCACCUGCACACUGUCUGGGUGGUGCGCCAUCUGCCUCACCUUGUCCCCUCCUUUGGUCUCAGAUACAGUCCUAUAUGGAAUUCAGAUUCACCAGUGCUGGAGUGCUCUUCUUUUGGGCAAAAAAUUAUUUUACCAGAAGCAGCCACAAGUCUCACCCAGGCUAGUGUGGCAUCACUUCCCUCAGAUGUCUCGAAAGAGGUUUUGUUCCCCUGCUUGGCGUGCUGGGGACCUCAGCAAUGUUAGAUUCUGCCCUGUGCCUCCCUGAACUGUCUUCCCCUGACAUGCCUACACUCCUAAUAAAACUUGCAGUCUUGGUGCUUCUC